GGGUUUUUCAUGCAUUUUUACCUCCCUUUUCAAUUCUGUUCUCCGGGUUGAAGAAGCGACGGCUCACUCCACCAUCCAGGGUUUGAUUCGAGAGCUUUGCGGAGGCGAAGAAGAAGAAGAGAGAAAGUAGCCAUGGCGAUGGCCGCUUUGAGAAGGGAGGGGAGGCGCCUCCUCCUCUCUCCGAUCGCCUCCAAUCCUUCCCCUGCCGGGCGAUCCGCGAUGUUGAUCUCACCCGAACAAUCCGCUCCCAUUGGGUUGCGAUCAAUUUCAACUCAAGUUGUGAGAAAUCGAAUGAAGAGUGUUAAGAACAUUCAGAAGAUCACAAAGGCAAUGAAAAUGGUUGCAGCAUCAAAGCUGCGAGCCGUUCAAGUAAGAACUGAGAAUUCACGUGGCCUCUGGCAGCCCUUUACCGCACUUCUUGGCGAUACUCCUAGUGUUGAUGUGAAGAAGAAUGUUAUUGUGACUAUCACCUCCGACAAGGGUCUUUGUGGUGGCAUCAAUUCAACAUCGGUUAAAGUCAGCAAGUCUCUUUUCAAGGUCACCUCUGGUCCAGAAAAGGAGACCAAGUAUGUCAUAUUGGGAGAAAAGGGCAAGGUUCAAUUGAUUCGUGAUUCUAAAGGCUCCAUUGAGAUGACUGUAACGGAGCUCCAAAAGAACCCUGUCAAUUACACACAGAUUUCUGUACUGGCUGAUGACAUCUUAAAGAAUGUUGAGUUUGAUGCAUUGAGGAUUGUUUUCAACAAGUUCCAUUCUGUUGUCGCCUUUAUCCCCACUGUCUCCACAGUAUUGUCACCUGAGGUUGUGGAGAGAGAAUCAGAAGCUGGUGGGAAGCUGGGCGAUUUGGAUUCCUAUGAAAUUGAAGGGGGUGAGACCAAAUCAGAAGUGCUGCAGAAUCUUGCUGAGUUUCAGUUUUCUUGUGUUCUCUAUAAUGCGGCCUUGGAGAAUGCAUGUAGUGAGCUUGGAGCACGAAUGUCUGCCAUGGACAGCUCCAGCAGAAAUGCUGGUGAAAUGCUUGAUCGUCUUACCCUUUCUUAUAACAGGACCCGCCAAGCGUCAAUCACGACGGAGCUGAUUGAGAUCAUAUCAGGAGCAUCUGCACUCACGGGAUAAGCCCUCGGUCGAAUAUCUUGCUUGCUUUCACACCGUGGAAACGAACACUUCUUCUCCUCCUUGGACAUCUGUUUGUGCUUUAUUUUGCCAAUAAACAUUGUGAUGAUGCACAUCAUUGGUGCUUUGCAUGGAACACAUCAUAGCUUAUUUUAUUUUUCUUUGUGUUUUUCUUCUCCAUUGUUCCCAAGAAAUGUCGCAUAAUUCGGAAGAAUGUGUGAGCUUAAUAUAAGACGGCACUGUACCCAAACACUUUGACAGAUGGUAGACACUCAGCUGCCUGAUGUAAAACUGGAAGAUUUUAUUAAGUAAAUUUCUUUUUGAA